GACAGGGAUAUCAAGUUGUAGAGCUUAUUGGUUAUCUAUGCAUUAAUUGGAUGCUAUUUGAUUUUCCGUAAGACGUUAGAGCACGCACUGAAUACAAAAGUCAGCUGGUGGAAGUGAGGGAAAAUGAUGGAAGAGAGUGGAAUAGAGACCACACCCCCCACGACUCCUCCACCCCCUCCUAGUGUGGCUGCUGCUGUCAGUCCUAGCCCUCUGACUACGGGCCUUACUAGUCCACUGACCCUGCCCAGCACCGCGGGCAUCUCUACAUUUGCUCCAGAGGGUUUCUCUACUCCUACACCUGUAGCGGUGACCUCUAACUUGCCCCCCAUCCAAUCCUCUGCCCCUCCUCCUUUCUCCCUUAGCUCCAUGAGCCCCCUCUCCACCGCUUCCCAUGUCCCCCCUCCACCCAUUGGUAUGCCUCAAAACAGUACCAUGGCACCUUUUUCCUCCCCCUCAAUACCUCCUCUCAGCUCUGCCCCUCCACUUGGCCCUGCCUUGUCUGCCCCACCCACCGGACCCCCCACCACUGGAUUCAGUAUGAGUGCAGGGUAUGACAUCACCCGUGGGCAUGCCGGUCGGACACCCCAGACACCGCUGAUGCCCAGCUUCUCCACUGGCCCGCCUGUGCCAGGGGUGAUGACCAACCCAAUGGUGCAGCAGCCAGUGAUGUCUGGAGGCUUAGAAGCCGGUUCCUCUAUCACCUUCCCCGAGGAUCACGAAGACCCCAGAGUUUCUGAGGCUGCUAAUUCUGGAGGAGGAAUAUGGGGAUUCAUCAAGGGUGUAGCUGGUAACCCUAUGGUAAAAACUGUUUUGGAUAAAACCAAACACUCAGUGGAGUCCAUGAUCACCACGUUAGACCCUGGAAUGGCACCUUACAUCAAGUCUGGAGGCGACGUGGACAUCGUGGUGACCUCGGACAAAGAGGUGAAGGUCAGCGCUGUACGAGAUGCCUUUCAGGAGGUGUUUGGCUUGGCCAUGGUGACCGGAGAGCCUGGUCAGUCCAACAUCGCUCCUCAGCCUGUCGGCUACGCUGCAGGAGUCAAGGGCGCUCAAGAGCGCAUUGACAGCCUGCGCCGUGCGGGCAUGAUCCAUGAGAAGCAGCCGGUGGUCUCCGUGGAGAACUUCAUCGCCGAACUGUUUCCAGACAAAUGGUUUGACAUUGGAUGUCUGAUUUUGGAUGACCCUGGGAAUGGCAUUCACAUUGAGACUUUUACUCAGGCCACACCAGUAGCCCUGGAACACGUCCAACAGGCCCAGUCUCUCACCCCUCCAGACUACAGUCUGCGCUGGUCUGGCCUCAUGGUUACCGUGGGCGAGGUUCUGGAGAGGAGCGUGCCUGGCGUUAGCCGAACGGACUGGCACCAGGUGUUCACUGGCAUGUCCCGCAAACAGAUGAUCUACAGUGCUGCCAAGGCCCUAGCUGGCACAUACAAACUACAGCUGCCCCCCCGCACUUUGUGAGCUUGACCACCCACGCUAUACUCCAGGGUGCGGGGCCACACCUCCGCGGUGUGAUGCUCCUGAUGGUCAAUAGGAACCUUAUUCAUCCUCGUGGCCAAAGGCCGCAUGUCUGUUUCUAUUACAUGUUUUAAUCAUGUGAAAUCCAGCAGAAACAUUCCAGCAUUAUGGUGAGUCGGACAGAGUGAUGAACAAAAAAACUGCCAAACGAUUCUUACGAGUUUUCAGAGAGCAUCUCGUACAAGGGAAACAAAAGUAUGAAAUGACCCAAGAAGAAAAGAAUACAGACAAAAGAGGGAUAAUCUUGUUAAAAAAAAUUCUUGGCCAUUUGUGAAUUUUUAUGAUUUUUUUUUUUUUAGUCACGUCCUUUGUUCCCCUCAGUUCAGAUCUUUAUUAAUGAAUGACUCACGGCUACACCUUUACCGCAUUCUGUGCACUGUAAACGGCAAAAGGAUGGUAUUUAAUUACCAAAGGAGAGACAUACUGCACUAAAGCCACUACGUUAAUCUUCAUGCCAAAUCACUGAAGACAGACAACACUGUUGUUGUAGUAAAGGAAUGAAUUGGCUGAAAGACCUUUUACAUGGAGUCAGUUACUUUAUGAAAAGAGUAUAUGUAUGACCUGCAGUGUGGGCUCCAUCUUAAAGCCUUAAAAGCUUGUUUUUAAUGUCUUAAACUUACUCAGCACAUUAAAGCAAGGCAAGUACGUACUCCAUUAUAGUCAUUGGCAUUUACAUUUCAAAUGAAGUUGAUAAUUGUUGGCUUUUGUUUCUUUUCAAAUUUGAGAUGUUAUGAAAUCAUUUGAUGAGUAGGGUUUUUUUUUUUACUUAACUUAAAAUUCUAACGGAUUCUACCAUUUUAUUUGCUUCUGUAUACUGUACUAAGAGCAUUUUUAAUCUUCACUCAGAGUGAUGCAGGAAAAUGCAGUGGCCACAAACCUGUGCAUGAGCUCUGUAUUUAUGUCAAUAUACACUUUCACGCCAAGAGGUACAAUGUAUCCCAUUCACUAUCUAAGCUGAAAACUUGAGUUUCCUGUGUACAGGAUAACAUUUCAUGUCAAAUUUCCUGUUGUAAUCGUUUUAUCAGGAGAUCUGUUGAAUUGUUGUCAGAACAUCAAUAUUAAGGGAACUACAGUUUUCCCUUUUUCUUUAAUGUCAACAUGUUUGUAUAUGGAAAACAAUCAUGACUCUGUUUGUUGAAGGUGGACUUCUAUCUCCUCUAUGUGCCUUUUUCAGAGAGAGAGAGUGAGUAAAGCCCAUUUUCGUAUACCUGCAUGUCACUUUCGUGUGUUCUGUGAGCCAUCUG